AUGCGUUUCGCUCUCCUUGCUAUCGCCUUUUCAUACCUUGCGCUGUUUGCUUGGUCUGCUCCGGUCAAUCAGCAUCAUGAUACCUGCAACGCCAAGAAGGUUCGCGAGCUAGCGCAUACGCUAGACAUGCGAGAGCUCGAUGCGCGCGCCCUCCCGGAAAAGCUCGUGGAGAUUGAUGGCAACAUAUAUCACCUUCGUCGACACAGCAAUCAGGGCGUUCACGGCGUUACAUACCAGGUCCAGUGCGGAUCGUACAAGGGCGCCUUCGCCAAGACGAAAGUCACCUCGCAGGAGGAGCACGCUACGUACGACGUCGGCGCACUUCUUUUCGCUGGAACGGACCAUAAGCACCGCAGGUGGCUGUUCAUCAAGCCCUCGCCCGGCGUCGCCUUCGACAAGACGCACGCGUACCUCAGAGUGAGGCACGACGCGCAAGCCUGCCACCACCUGCUCAACCACGCGGCGGACUUGGCCACGGCCGCUUUCGAACACUACUACACCACGACGCACUGGGCGCACGGUGACCUGACGAGGGGCAACAUCCUCUUCGACGAUCAUAUUACUUCGGCGAACUUGAUCGACUGGGACUACGCAGACCGCCCCAAAAAUGCUCCUCACCCCGCAGACAUUCACAGCAAGGUGGUGCGCAACCUAGGGCACCUUUGCCCGCCUCUGCGGCACCACUAG